UACUAUAUAACAAAUAAUUUGAGUGCAAUGACGGGUGAAGAUGCCAGGUUCGCCCAUCUCAAGAAGGACCCGAGGUUUAAGAAGGUCGGUAAAGACAAACGGAAGGUUAAGAUAGAUAACCGCUUCAAGCACAUGUUUACUGCACCUGAGUUCUCCUCUGUUGAUUUCUUGGAUAAGAGAGGGAGGAAGGAGAAACGGGUUACCAAAGAGAAGCUCGAGAAGUUCUAUGAGAUGUCAUCUGAGGAAGAGAGCGAGGAAGAGGAGAACGAGGAGAAUGAUGAAACUUCGCUAGCAGAGGAAAGCGAUGAAAUUUCACGCGCAGACGAACUAAUCACUAAUUUAAAGAAGAUCGCCAACGAUACUCCUAAAGAACUUCCAUUAAAUCCUGAGGACGACUCUGAGUCUGAAGCUGAAGGGCCUGACGAAGAAGAAGAACCAUCAGACUCCUCCGAUGGUGAGUCCUCUGAUGAGGACGAGGUUUCUGCAGAGGCAGCUGUUGAUGCCUGGGACUCUGUUAACACCUGUACUGAAACUACAUCUGAUUCUACCAGCAGAGUUUCAAUCUGUAAUCUGAACUGGGACAGAAUGAACGCAACUGAUAUCUUUGUGCUCUGUCACAGUUCCCUAAAUGAGAAAUCUGGCACAAUAAAACAAGUGGAAGUGUUUCCGUCCCAGUACGGUAAAACCCAACUUGCAAAGGAGUUGGAGAGGGGUCCUGAUUUAGGAGACGCUGCUGAUGAUGAUCAUGAUGAGGGGAAGGAGUACUCCACUGAAGCUCUCAGGAAAUACCAGAUCGAACGUUUGAAGUAUUACUACGCGAUAGUCACGUGUGACUGUGUGAGAACGGCGGAUAUUCUCUACUCUGAACUGGAUGGAGUGGAGUAUCAGCUCAGUUCAUCUACGUUAGACCUGAGGUUCGUGCCGGAUGAUAUGGAGUUUGAAGAUGAUCCCCCAAUUUCCGCGUGUUCUUCCAUGCCGGACAUGAUCACCUACAAACCACCGACCUUCAUCACCACUGCCUUGCAGAACAGCUCAGUAAAGCUGACCUGGGACGAGACCCCACAGUCCAGACUAGAACUGACCACCAAGAAGUUCUCUGCUGCUGAUCUUGAAACUGUUGACUUCUCUGCUUACAUUGCUUCUUCUGAGAGUGAGAGUGAUGGGGAGGAUGCAGGAGGUCCCAGUUUGGAGAAGUACAAAGCCCUGCUGGCUGGAGCAGAGGAGGAGGAGGAGGACCAGGUGGACCAGGAGAUGGAGAUCACCUGGACUACUGGACUUGAAGAUAACGAGGAGGUAGUAGAUGAAGCUGAUAAGAACGAAGAACGGCAGGAAAAUUCAACUUUCUAUGCUCCAGAUGACAAAGAUGAUUUCUUUGCUACCGAUACUGUGAUCGACCAUCCUAAAAAGAAGAAGAAGAAGAAGAAAAAGAAGAAGGGAGAAGAGAAAGAAUUGACGAAAGAAGAAUCCGAGCUGGCCUUGCUUAUGGAGAGCGAAAAAGACGAAAAGAAACAUUUCAACAUGAAGAAAAUAGUAAAAUCAAACAAAGAGGACAACUUCAAAGUUGACAUAGAGGACGACAGAUUUUCAGCGUUCAAAACCUCCCAUCACUUUGCUAUUGACCCCUCUGCCCCGGAAUAUAAAGCUACUUCCGAGACUCAGAAACUGAGGGCUGCUCAAGCUGCUGCCAUGACAACGACGAUAGUGUCACGUGAGGAAAUUAGUGGUGAUGUUGAGAGUAAUGUUAUUGAUAAGAUCAAAAGUAGGACAGCGCAAUUUCAGAGUAAGAAAGAGAAUUCUAAACUUUAUAAAACUAAAAAUAGAGGAAUUAUACCGGAGGAGGUGCAGAAUGUUUCGCCGAAUGAAAAUUCAGAUAACAAUAUAAAGAUAAAAAAGAAGAAGAAGAAAUUGCCAGAGGAUUUUUCUUCUGAUUUGAAGUCAGACGUAAGCUCGAAUGUUAAGCGGAAAAAGAAACGGGUUUUAGAGGAGGUCCCUUCAGAAAUUACUUCCGAUGAUACACAAAUUCCAAAAAAGAAGAAGAAGAAGAGAAGAGAAGAGAACCAAUCUGAAGAAAAGCCUAAGAAGCACAAGAAAAGGAGAGCUGAAUCAUGAUAUUAUUAAUUAUAGCCUUUUUAAAGACUUAGGCUACUGAAUUAUAUAAUCAUGGUUGUAUGAAAGUACCGGCAACACCUGGUUGCUUUUAUAUUUUGUCACUUUCUGCUUAAACUUAAUUUAUUAAUUUUAAUUACCUCUGACAAAUAACAUUUUAGUUUUUAACUUGGG